AUGGCGAAAGUGCCUUUAGAAGAGCCCGUAAAAACACCAAUAAAAACAUCCUGUGGAAGUCUUGCUGCUGUGCACCAUUCAAGGGCCCCAACCAGCUGUUUUGCUGGUUCUUAUGGCAAAGCUGCCGCGGCUGCGAUACUAUUCCCAGCUGUAAGCGCAGCAGUCUCCCCCUCUGUUUUCCGACCAAUGAUGUUAGAGGACGCCUCUUCCCGGGGGCUGCAUAAUGCGGCCUCAUGCUGCAGAGUCCUAUGGGCCAGUGAUAACGAUACCAGAAGGAGCAGCAGGAGCAACAGGGGCAACAGCAGCAACCUUGUAGGACAGUCCGGGGGCUUGGCCUUGCCUGCUGUACCUGCAGGUUUUGUGCUGCAGCCAUAUGCCUCGUGCCUAUUAGCAGCACCUCCUUGUGCCUCUGCUACCGCUGCUGUUCGGACCAGACCACUGGCUAUGCGCCGAGCUAGCCCAUUGCUGGCUCCCCUAACCAGCAGCGAGGCCAGCAGCACCGGUUCCAGUCCAUGCAGCUUCAGCUACCCCUCUAGUGCAUUACAACAGCACCAGGAUCAGGAGCUGUUGCAAAGAGGGAAUUGUACCCCUGUUGUUGCUGCUGCUACAGGUGGGUCUAGUGCCCUGGGUUCUCAGCAGCAAUCUUCUCUGUGCAUGCUCACUGAGGAUGUCGGUAUGCAUGGGCGGCAGCAGCAGCAACAGCAGGAAGAUGAAGACCCCAAAAUGUUGCAGGUUAUGCGGACUCAUGCGUUCUUACAUCUCACAAGCGGUGCUGUGGCAGGCGCUGUCUCGCGGACGGUUACUGCACCUUUGGACCGGGUGAAGGUGAUGUUGCAGCUGCAGCCCGCUUCGGUUCCUUUGAAGCAUGCAGCACGCGCCAUUAUGCAACAGGAGCUAUCGGUCAAGGCUGCAGCUGCGUCUGUUGGUGCAUCAGGCAGAAACAGCAAAAGCAACAAUAGUGUCAGUGCAAAAAGCUUGCCUAUGUCCUGCUGGAAAGUAGAUAGGGCUAUGCAGAAGCACGUGGUUCGAAUGUGCCCACCGGCGACGAGCGCUAAUAGCAGCAGUGGCAACAAUAGCCGGUUGCUCCUAGGCGGCUGGAGAGGCUUCUUCAGAGGCAAUCUUACCAACUGUUUGAAAGUGGUGCCAGAGACAGCCAUAAAAUUCUACAGCUACGACAUGUGUAAGCACGCACUGGUUCGUCGGAAACAGGAGCAGCAACAGGACCAAGAGCCGCAGCUGCAGCUAUCAGACAGAUUUGUUUGCGGUGCAGCAGCGGGACUCUGCGCUCAACUUUUAAUAUAUCCCAUGGAGCUCGUGAAGACGCGUCUAGCUGCUUACAGCCCGGGAUGUAUGUACAGCGGUGUGCUUCAGUGUUUCACGGAAAUUUACAGAGAAGGAGGCCUCAGGCGACUCUACCGGGGGUUGGGCCCUUCCUUGUUGGGAAUCAUUCCCUAUGCAGGAAUUGACCUGGCAGUAUUUGAAACUUUAAAGGAGGCGUAUCUGCAGAAAAUUAUGAUCCCGAAGUUUCAACAACAGCAGCAGCAUGCGCUUAUGUCUUUGCAGCAGCAACGGCAGGCUCUUUGCAGCAGUUGUAACUCCCCAAUCCAAACACAAAUAGCAGGAAACUCUUCGCCCAAAGAUCUGACUGCUGUAUCAGCAAUAGACAAACAAACAGGAGGUGCAGUGGGCGCCGAUCUCGCUGGUGAAACCUCCGCCGCUUCCUCAGCAGCAGCAGCGCGUGGGCGCUGUUGCUGCGAUGCAGGCGUGAACAGCAGUAGCGGGGGACAUCCGCUUUCUCCUCCUGCUCUUGUGUUGCUGCUGAUGGGUGGUUGCAGCAGCCUCAUUGGGCAAGUUCUUGCCUAUCCAACAGCGCUGGUGAGGACGCGCAUGCAAGUAGAUGGAAGCGGAGGCCAACAUUUAUUGUACCGCAGCAGCGCAGCGGCGGCUACAGCCGCGGUGCGGCAAGGGGGACUUCGAGGCCUCUACAGAGGGCUAGGCGCAAACUGCUGCAAGGCUCUCCCCGCAGUCUCUUUAUCUUGGAUUGUCUACGAAAAAACCAAAGAGGUCAUCAGAACGGCCGAGCGCGACUGGACCGAACAUGUUGCAAGGCAACGAGCAACCAUCGCCCGGGCAUGA